UUGCAAAUUGGCAGCAAUAAUUUUGUCCUUCCAAUCCAUCAUUGCCUAACAACACCUGGCCUUAGAUAAGCCAGAUAGCAUCCCGUCGCAAAAAUUCCAUCGUUGUCGCAUCACAUUUCCAGCGACCUUAAAGUAUCAUCACUCGCCAUGGCGUCCUUUGUCGAGGAACUGUGGAACUCCAUCUUUACUCCCGGCACCACGCCGACCCUCCUGAUUGCGACCAACGCCACCUUCGCCUGUCUGCAGCUCGUCCUCCUGCUCCUCCUUGUCGCGACCUCGAGCAUCCACUUUAUCAUCCUCUCGGCCCUGUGCGGUGGUCUGUGGUUCGCGAUCAACUGGUUCGCGGUGGAGCUGAAGAAGGAACAGGCCAGAGAGGAGGAAGAGAAGGCAAAGGCGGACACGAUAGCCCGGCAAACGGCGGACGACAGCGAUGAGACCGAGGUAGAGACCGUGGAGGGCAAGGCGAAACCCUUGGUGCGGCCCGUGACGGCGAGCAAGGAGGUCGAGGUCGUGGAGCCGGCGGGCGAGUUGAAGUUAAGGGCUGAGGCGUCGCCUGGGACCAAGUCCGGCGUGAGCACGGAGGAUGAAUGGGAAAAAGUCUCGGAGAACGAAAAUGAGAAGGACAAGUGAUACUCGCAGGGAUAUCACAGGUUGUAGACGAGUUAGGAUGAGAUACGAAUGUUUGUGGUUUUGCGGUUAUUGAUAUUUUAAUACCUCCG